GAUGGAGUCAGGAAAUGCCACUCUUCGAAGCUAGCUGCGAGAAGCAGAGAAACUCGGCGUUUGGUAAAGUGCAGGAUGUGACGUUCCAGCUUCUACUCUUCUUCAAGCUCUGUUUUAAGCUCUUCUUGCUAGUCACUAUCCCAAAAAUAGUUCUAUCCUGUUCGAGAACACCUUAUCACUUACACACUGCCCUAGUUGUAAACUUGCUUUUCCUUCACUUCUGUUUCUCAAUUUUCUCCGGACCUGGAAUUCUCAAUCAAAAGAACUGGUUUGAGUGGCCGAUCGGCCUCGUUGCCUUCUAGCUGCGUGACCUUGAGCGAACCACAAAAUUUCGGGGCCUAGUUUCCUCGUCUGUGAAAUAGGAGCGAAACGUCUACCGCACCACUCCUGUUGGGAGGCUCAAAUAAGGAAGCCCUUUAAUCAGCUGUAAAAAGCAAAAGAAAUGUUAGCGAUGUUAAUUCUGCCCGGCUAGUCACUCUCCUAGAACUCUUCCCAUUCCUUUGGUAGUCACCCGCAAAUCCCGCCGAGAGCUUACAAUUAACGCCACUCUUCCCUGGCAUCUUUCCCAUUGACUUCCGCAUCACCCGCGAGGCGCCGGCGCCGGGUGCUGACGCCGCGGUUCUCCCCUCCGCCGGCGUACGAUGACGUAUGGCCCCGCCCCCGACCGCGCCUGGCCUCCCGCGGGGCCCCGCCUCUCUGGCCGACGCGGCGCGAGUCCCGCCUGGCGGCUGACGUGUGGCGCGCGCGGCCGGGCCGCUCCAGCAGUUGGUGCAGCGGCGGUUGGGGUGAGUGCGUUCACUCCGCCCCUCCCCUCCACCGGCCGCGGCCCGGGCCCCCACCUCGCCGGGCCCAGCCCCAGCCGGGUUCGUCCCGUUCGGGCCCGUGCCGCCCCCUCAGCCGGCGACGCCCCGGGCUGUCUACCCGCCACCAUGGAGCUGGAGGACGGUGUAGUGUAUCAGGAGGAACCUGGUGGCCCCGGGGCCGUGAUGUCUGAGCGGGUGUCCGGCCUGGCCGGCUCCAUCUACCGCGAGUUCGAGCGGCUCAUCGGGCGCUACGACGAGGAGGUGGUCAAGGAGCUGAUGCCGCUGGUGGUGGCCGUGCUGGAGAACCUGGACUCGGUGUUCGCGCAGGACCAGGAGCACCAGGUGGAGCUGGAGCUGCUGCGGGACGACAACGAGCAGCUCAUCACCCAGUACGAGCGGGAGAAGGCGCUGCGCAAGCACGCCGAGGAGAAAUUCAUUGAAUUUGAAGACUCUCAAGAACAGGAAAAAAAGGAUUUACAGACCCGAGUGGAAUCUUUAGAAUCUCAAACAAGACAACUUGAACUCAAAGCAAAAAACUAUGCUGACCAGAUCAGCAGACUUGAAGAACGAGAAGCAGAACUGAAGAAGGAAUAUAAUGCAUUGCAUCAAAGACAUACUGAGAUGAUCCAUAAUUAUAUGGAACACUUAGAAAGAACAAAACUUCAUCAGCUCUCAGGGAGUGAUCAACUAGAGUCCACAGCUCAUAGUAGAAUUAGAAAGGAACGCCCUAUAUCAUUAGGGAUUUUUCCAUUACCUCCUGGAGAUGGAUUGCUUACACCUGACACGCAGAAAGAAGGCGAGACCCCUGGAUCAGAGCAAUGGAAAUUUCAUGAUUUAAGUCAACCACGUUCACAUACUAGCCUAAAGGUCAGCACUUGUCCUGAACCUCUGAAGGCUCUAGAACAGGAGGAUGAACUUUCUGAUGUUAGCCAAGGAGGAUCUAAGGCUACCACUCCAGCAUCCACAGCUGCUUCGGAUGUGGCAGCAAUUCCUAUUGAUACUCCUUUAAAGGAGGAUAAUGAAGGAUUUGUGAAGGUUGCAGAUACACCAAUUAAGUCAGAGAUAAGCAAGCAUAUUGAAAUACAGGUAGCCCAAGAAACUAGAAAUGUAUCAACUGGCUCUGCUGAAAAUGAAGAGAAGUCAGAAGUUCAAGCAAUCAUUGAAUCCACUCCAGAGUUGGAUAUGGACAAAGAUCUCAGUGGAUAUAAAGGCUCAAGCACUCCUACCAAAGGCAUAGAGAACAAAGCUUUUGAUCGCAAUACAGAAUCUCUCUUUGAAGAACUGUCUUCAGCUGGCUCAGGCCUAAUUGGAGAUGUGGAUGAAGGAGCAGAUUUACUAGGAAUGGGUCGUGAAGUUGAGAAUCUUAUAUUAGAAAACACUCAACUGUUGGAAACCAAAAAUGCUUUGAAUGUUGUGAAGAAUGAUUUAAUAGCAAAAGUGGAUGAACUGACCUGUGAGAAAGAUGUGCUGCAAGGGGAGUUGGAAGCUGUGAAACAAGCCAAACUGAAGCUAGAAGAAAAGAACAAAGAAUUGGAGGAAGAGCUUAGGAAAGCUCGUGCAGAAGCCGAAGAUGCAAGGCAAAAAGCAAAAGAUGAUGAUGAUAGCGAUAUUCCCACAGCCCAAAGGAAGCGGUUUACCAGAGUAGAAAUGGCCCGUGUUCUGAUGGAGAGAAACCAGUAUAAAGAGAGAUUGAUGGAGCUUCAAGAAGCUGUUCGAUGGACAGAGAUGAUUCGGGCAUCAAGAGAAAAUCCAGCCAUGCAGGAAAAAAAAAGGUCAAGCAUCUGGCAGUUUUUCAGCCGACUCUUCAGCUCCUCAAGCAAUACUACUAAGAAGCCUGAACCACCUGUUAAUCUGAAGUAUAAUGCACCAACCUCUCAUGUUACGCCUUCUGUCAAGAAAAAAAGCAGCACCUUAUCUCAGCUCCCUGGGGAUAAGUCCAAAGCCUUUGAUUUCCUUAGUGAAGAAAUUGAAGCUAAUUUGGCCUCACGCAGAGAACAAAGGAGAGAACAGUAUCGUCAGGUAAAGGCACAUGUUCAGAAGGAAGAUGGUAGAGUACAGGCUUUUGGCUGGAGUCUGCCUCAGAAGUACAAACAGAUAACCAAUGGUCAAGGGGAAAAUAAGAUGAAAAAUUUACCUGUUCCUGUCUAUCUCAGACCCCUAGAUGAGAAAGAUACAACAAUGAAGCUGUGGUGUGCUGUUGGAGUCAAUUUAUCUGGUGGAAAGACCAGAGAUGGCGGUUCUGUUGUUGGAGCGAGUGUAUUUUACAAGGAUGUCACUGGUUUGGAAACGGAAGGCAGUAAACAGCGAAGUGCAUCUCAGAAUAGUUUAGAUAAGUUAGAUCAGGAACUUAAGGAACAACAGAAGGAAUUAAAAAAUCAAGAAGAAUUAUCCAGUCUAGUUUGGAUCUGUACCAGCACUCAUUCAGCUACAAAAGUUAUCAUUAUUGAUGCUAUUCAACCAGGCAACAUCCUAGACAGUUUCACUGUUUGCAAUUCUCAUGUUCUGUGUAUUGCAAGUGUACCAGGAGCACGAGAAACAGAUUACCCUGCAGGAGAAGAGAUUUCAGAAUCUAGUCAGGUUGACAAAGCGUCUUUAUGUGGAAGCAUGACAAGCAAUAGCUCAGCAGAAACAGAUAGCCUGUUGGGAGGCAUCACAGUGGUUGGCUGUACCACAGAAGGUGUAACAGGAGCUGCCACUUCACCUAGUACCAAUGGUGCUUCUCCAGUGAUAGAAAAACCACCAGAAAUGGAAGCAGAAAGUAGUGAGGUUGAUGAAAAUGUUCCAACAGCAGAAGAAGCAACCGAAGCCACAGAAGGCAAUGCAGGGUCAGCUGAAGACACUGUAGAUAUCUCCCAAACUGGAGUGUACACAGAGCAUGUCUUUACAGAUCCUUUGGGAGUUCAGAUCCCAGAAGACCUAUCCCCAGUGUAUCAAUCAAGUAGUGACUUAGAGGCUUAUAAAGAUCAAAUAUCAGUAUUGCCAAAUGAACAAGACCUAGUGAGAGAGGAAGCCCAGAAAAUGAGCAGCCUUUUACCAACAAUGUGGCUUGGAGCUCAGAAUGGCUGUUUGUAUGUCCAUUCAUCUGUAGCCCAGUGGAGGAAAUGUCUCCAUUCCAUUAAACUUAAGGAUUCAAUUCUCAGUAUUGUACACGUGAAAGGAAUUGUGUUAGUGGCCCUGGCUGAUGGUACCCUUGCAAUCUUUCACCGAGGAAUUGAUGGGCAGUGGGAUUUGUCAAACUAUCACCUCUUAGACCUUGGGCGGCCUCACCAUUCCAUCCGAUGUAUGACUGUGGUACAUGACAAAGUUUGGUGUGGCUACAGGAACAAAAUCUAUGUAGUUCAGCCAAAGGCCAUGAAAAUAGAGAAAUCAUUUGAUGCACAUCCCAGGAAGGAGAGUCAAGUGCGGCAGCUUGCAUGGGUGGGUGAUGGUGUGUGGGUCUCCAUUCGUUUGGAUUCCACACUCCGUCUCUAUCAUGCACACACUUAUCAACAUCUACAGGAUGUGGACAUUGAGCCUUAUGUAAGCAAAAUGUUAGGUACUGGAAAACUGGGCUUCUCUUUUGUGAGGAUCACAGCUCUUAUGGUGUCUUGCAAUCGUUUGUGGGUGGGGACAGGAAAUGGUGUCAUUAUCUCCAUCCCUUUGACAGAAACCGUAAUCCUCCACCAGGGACGUUUACUGGGGCUGAGGGCAAAUAAAACCUCAGGAGCACCAGGAAAUCGUCCUGGAAGUGUAAUCCGCGUAUAUGGUGAUGAAAACAGUGAUAAAGUGACUCCAGGGACAUUUAUACCCUAUUGUUCAAUGGCACAUGCACAGCUCUGCUUCCAUGGGCACAGGGAUGCUGUGAAGUUCUUUGUGGCAGUCCCAGGUCAGGUCAUCAGUCCACAAAGUGGCAGUAGUGGCACAGAUCUAACAGGUGACAAAGCAGGGCCAUCUACACAGGAACCUGGUAGCCAGACGCCCUUGAAGUCUAUGCUUGUCAUCAGUGGAGGAGAGGGCUACAUUGACUUCCGGAUGGGUGAUGAAGGUGGAGAAUCAGAACUUCUUGGAGAGGAUCUUCCACUUGAACCUUCUGUCGCCAAAGCAGAAAGGAGUCACCUGAUAGUGUGGCAAGUGAUGUAUGGCAGUGAUUGAGCCCAUAGGAAAGGAGUGGAGAUGGGGAAACCAUCUCUUCUGCAUGGUUUAUUUCCCCCCUUUCCCCUUUAUUUAAUGCUCUUUUUGUCAAGUAAGUUUCACCACAUAAUGUGUGAGCAUUUUUUUCCUAUUAACUUUAUAUUACAAAAUCUGUCCUACCAUAACAAUACAAGAACUAGCUGUUUUACUGCAACAGUGUUAUAGGCAAUUUCAGUAUAUUAUGAACAAAUCAAAGAAUGUUUCCUUUCUGCAAACUGGUGAACUAUAGAAAGCAACCCAGAUGUGGUGUGGUUUACUCUGCCACAGUCUGUCACUCACUUUGUUUGAUGGGGUCACUUUUUAGCUGUCACUAAUAAUGGAAUUAAUGAAAAACACUCGAUAAAUUAAACUGUACCAUUACAUAAAAUAGUUUUCCCCAAUGUAUUAUAAAAUUGUCAUAAAAUAUUAUCAGAUGGGUUAUCAGGAUUUAUCUAAAUGUCCCAAGAGGGCUAAAAACUAACUGUAAAUUACUUUAACUUUCACUUUCAAAUCUGAAAAAUCUUGUUUAUAUGAUAUAUAAAACUUUGUUUUCAUCAGAUUUUGGGGGGUUUUAUAUUAAAGAAAUUAAGACUAUGCUAUUUAAAUAAAAGUUUCCUGUUUCUGACUUACUAGAAUUCUGAAGUUUAUGAGGUCUGCUUCUCUGAAUAUUCCAGAUUUUGGCAGGGAGACUAGUCUCAUUCACUUUCAUACUGACGUGUCUGGAAAGUCUAUUAUUUAUAAUGUUCAGAAGAUACUCUUGAACAUUGGGAGGGUUUUUAAAAGGAAACUGUGUUUUGUAUUCUGUGUACCAGAGGAUGAUGGUGGUUGGUUGAGUUUUUCUCCAUGUAAAAAUUAUCUGUUCACUAAGUGUUCCUGGACUCCUCUUACCUAUUAAUAAGAAUAAGUCUGUAGUCAAGUGAUGGAAUGUGGCCUAACCAAACGAAAGGGAUUUGAUUAGAAAAGAUAUUUUCUCUUGUUUUGUACAAAACUACAGAAAAAGUAGCACUUGUUAUUUUGUAUGUAAACUCAUUUAAGCUUUUGCACCCUUUUGAGAUUAAAAUGCCCUCUUCAGAGGGGAAAAUUCUGUAGGGAGAAUGACAAAACUAAGAUAGCAUAAAGUAAAGGUUGACAUUACAUCUUUUUACUCACAAUGUCCAUUAAAAAAAAAAAAAAAAAAAGAUUAGAGUCUGGUUUUAACUGAUUUUCUUGUUUUAAUAUGUUUUUAAAACCAUGAUGCUGCAAUUUUUCCCUCUCUAGCUUCUUGAAAAUGAGUGAUUUACUAUUUCUCAUUCAUUACUUUAAGCAAAGCUAAAUAUAAAUUUAAGUGCCAUUUUUUAAAUGUAAACCUAAAGAAUAAAGGCCCACCAAUCAUCGGAAGGACUCCUUCAAGGAAAGGAAAGCAAACAUAGGUCUCAAAUUAUCUAAGCAUUCUUAAAUACCAGGGAUUUUUUUUUUCUGGACUAUCAUGAAAAGAUAUUUGUAAAAAUGUGCAUCAGUGACUUUUAUGCAUAUACAUGAUUAGGCUAUAUUUAUAAGAUACAUGAGAUUUAAUGAGCCAUAGUGGGCCUUUGGAUCCGUUUGGCCACAUGUGUCUUUAAGUACCUUGUGUACACAAUAAAAUUGUGGCCACUUUAGAUGGCUAGAAAUAAAAAAAAAUAAAAUUAAAUUAAAAAAAAAGCUUUUGGUAAAAGCUUUAUUAAUAGGAUAAUUUUUGCCUGAGCUACCUAGCCAUUUUUCUUUGGGGCACCAAAAUUUAGGCCACUUUCUCAUAGCUUGUCUGCAAUGUUUAUAUUUUAUUUUAAACCAGAGCCAUUUUUGGCAGUACGUAAAAAAAGCAUCAUUGAACAUUUAUUGGCAAUAAAUGAGAGAGACACCAAAGUGUUUGGGAAUUUUAGUCCCAAGAAGGAAGCAUCCCAGAAUCAGACCCAGUUGCUAGUGUUUAGCUUUUAACAUGUUUAUAUGACUGAAUGUAAUUUAGGAAAGCAGGACUUAAAAGUGAAAAAUGCAAACAUGUUACAGUGGUUGUAAUUGCUCUUUUUAAACUUACUGGCUUUAACUUAAGGAAUAUAGAUGUGUAGUUAUUUUAUCUAAAGACGUCGGAUUAUCUGUGGCCCUAUUAAUUAGCUUCGGGGACCAGAGAGCGGAUAAAAAUGCCUGUACAGUUUUGUUUUAAGAGCCUCUACUUGUGUUUGUAAUUUCAGUUAACUAUUUUCUAUGGAUUGCUUCCCUUCCCUUUCCCCAAAUAAUAGAUUUAUAUUCUUACAAUGUUCACCUUUGUCAAGGUGAUAGCCUUUGGGAGAAAAUGCCAAAAUGGUGGUAAGCUUCUUGCAAGCAGCAAAGCAAAGGGGUGUAAAGCUGCCUGCAGCUACUGUGUCAGGGGCAGAGAAGAGGCUUGAGUAACUUGGAUUGGUCUCUGUGUAAAAAAGUUUAGUCCAAUUGGAAUCUCAGGGGAUGCCUGAGAAUUCUCAUUUUGUUACAUUUGAGGUAUAUAUAAGGCUGAACUAUAUGAAAUUGCCGAUAUUUGACCAUUGCCAAUCUACAAAAAUGGCAAUAUCAUAUGUAUCAACCUAACACUUACUAUUAAAUGUAGGUUAAAAUCCCUGUGAGGCAAAGGGAUAAUAUUCUCUAAGAGCUCAAUUUUGAAAGUGUUUUUUCUCUAACUCAUGUGGAUCUAAAUUUUUAAAAUAGGAAUGGAUCUCUUAAUCGCUACAGCAUGAGAGUGUAAAACAUUUUGAGCACAAAAUAAGCAGCACAUAACUUUUCAGAUUAAGUGCAUUUGCAUAGAAAAGGUUAAAAUGCAUUCUCUCAGCUGCCGUUUUAUUCAUUCCUUGUAAAAUUCUUCCUACAUUUGGGGAUAGACCCUUUAACCUGGGCUGCCUUAGUAACAAAACAAAACAAAAAAAAAUCGUCUCAUAAUAUUAAAAUGUUCUGAAGAAUGUGUGUCCUGCAACUGCUGUGGAACUGAAUACUUAUUUCCUUGUAAGUAUUAUGACUGUUACCAAAGGACUCAACCAAAUUUAGGACUCUAAAUUGAUCAUGUUGAGAAAGGGACUCGUUUGGUUCUAGUGUGUAAUAUGGGAAGAGAAGAGAAGAGAGUAUUAAAUGUGGAAAUCAUAAAUGCUUUUCUAACAGGGUUAUGCUAUACUGUAACACUAAAUGUCUUUUUCUUUCCCUUAAAAAAUUAAGUAUUUUAUUAUUAAUUUUGUCAUACAUUUCUCAAUAUUUGAAUAUAUUUUAACCAUUUUAUGUUUUAAAUUUGUUUUUUGUCCUAGACAUUUUAUCCAAAAUUUUACUUGCCUCUAUAAUCUGAAAAAUGGGUACUAGAGUGUCCCACUUGCUGUCUAUUAGAGGCCGAGGCUUCAUUUCUAUGAGCAAAAAGCUCAUUUAGCAAUGUAGUUAUUUCAGUAUUUAUUUCUAUUAUGGAAUCCCUGGGGUUCGGAAUGUAACUUUGUACAUGAAAUAUAUAUAAAUAUGUAUAUGAAACAUG